CUCCUUCCUUCUCAGCCCCUCCCUCCUCUGCCUAAUCUCUCCCAACCUCUUUCUUUCUCUCUCAGUUCUUUCAGGUAAUUCCUACUCAAACUUGUACCAACUUGUUUCUGACUGACAGUGCACAGGGAGCACGUUCCUCUGGAGAAACCCACAGCACCUAUCUUUCCCCAGGCAACCUGCGACCGGCUGCUCAGUUCUUUGCCUGCCCUAACUUCUCCAGCCAGGAGGCUGCAAGCAUCCAGCUCUGCAGGUAAGAAGCUCACACUGUGUCCACACCAGCUCGCGCUGCAGGCUGGAGAUGUAUUUGAAAACUUUACUCCUAAAGGCACUGGCAGAGUCCCAUGGUAGCCAGGUGGGUGAAGGGGACGAGGACCUGCCACCUGUCCUGAAGAAGACUCCUGACCUGCUGAGGGAGUGAGUGACCAGGUGUGUCCCAAGAACUGGGUGAUGGACACCAAUCACAUGAGCAUGACCAGGCCUUCCCUGGUGAAACACACUGCUGGGCCUGGCCUCAAGACCCACAGGCCCCGAGUCAUGUCCAAGAGUGGACACAGCAAUGUGAGAAUCGACAAGGUGGACGGCAUUUACUUGCUGUACCUGCAAGACCUAUGGACCACAGUCAUCGACAUGAAGUGGAGAUAUAAGCUCACCCUCUUUGCCGCCACUUUCGUAAUGACCUGGUUCCUUUUUGGGGUGAUCUACUAUGCCAUUGCCUUUAUUCAUGGAGAUUUAGAGCCCAGUGAGGCCAUUUCUAAUCACACUCCCUGCAUCAUGAAAGUGGACUCUCUGACGGGAGCCUUUCUCUUUUCCCUGGAAUCCCAGACGACCAUCGGCUAUGGCGUGCGUUCCAUCACGGAGGAAUGCCCUCAUGCCAUUUUCCUCCUGGUGGCCCAACUGGUCAUCACGACCUUAAUUGAAAUCUUCAUCACGGGUACCUUCCUGGCUAAAAUUGCAAGACCCAAAAAGCGGGCCGAAACAAUUAAAUUCAGUCACUGCGCGGUCAUCACCAAACAGAACGGAAAGCUGUGCCUGGUGAUCCAGGUGGCCAACAUGAGGAAGAGCCUCCUGAUUCAGUGCCAGCUCUCGGGCAAGCUCCUCCAGACGCACGUCACCAAGGAGGGGGAGCGCAUCCUCCUUAACCAGGCCACGGUGAAGUUCCACGUGGACUCCUCCUCCGAGAGCCCCUUCCUCAUUUUGCCCAUGACGUUCUACCACGUGCUGGAUGAAACGAGUCCCCUACGGGACCUCACGCCCCAGAACCUAAAGGAGAAAGAAUUUGAGCUCGUGGUGCUCCUCAAUGCCACUGUGGAAUCCACAAGCGCUGUCUGCCAGAGCCGCACAUCCUACAUCCCGGAGGAGAUCUACUGGGGCUUUGAGUUUGUGCCUGUGGUUUCUCUCUCCAAAAAUGGCAAGUAUGUAGCGGAUUUCAGCCAGUUCGAGCAGAUCCGAAAGAGUCCAGAUUGCACCUUUUACUGCGCAGAUUCUGAGAAGCAGAAAUUGGAGGAGAAGUAUAGGCAGGAGGAUCAACGGGAGCGGGAGCUGAGGAACCUUUUGCUACAACAGAGCAACGUGUGAUGCCAGGGUGUCUCCUGGCUGCAUCUCCCCAGCUGGUUCUACUCAGGCAAUCCUUUCAGACCAGCGGAAGCUGCGCAAAUGAAAACAAGGGCCUAUGUUCAUGCUCCACGGAGCCUCACUGGCGUACCCCAUGGAGCCCCUCUUGGGACCUGGUGGCUGAACAAGCAUUUCCAUAUUUGAGAGAGUUUCUGCAGAAUGCUUCCUCCAAAGUGAGCCUUCAAAACUUCACAUUUCCUAAAAUGGAGCUGCAUUUUGAAGAAUGGGAUGGAGGGCAAAGUGUCCUGUUGGAUGAUGGGUAGAUGGAUAGAUGGAUGGAUGGAUGGAUGGAUGGAUGGAUGGAUGGACAUUUAGCAUUGCCUUACUGAAGGGAAAUGCAUUUCCAUGCAAGAAUAUUAGUUAUAUUGUAAAGUAUUUAUUUAAUCAAAGCAUCAAAGACAUUAUGGUUAAUGGUUGAAAUGUGAUUGAGUAUUCAGUUAUAUUGUUGCCUUAAAACCUACUCUUUUUACCUAAGCGGGACUCCUACUCACAAAAUAUAGUAAUUCUAUCUUUUUACCUUUCUUCAAUAGACUGAAUUGUAUAGAAUGACACUGCUCAGAUGAGGAAUUAAUAGUUGUGAGAAAAUGUUCAUAACCUGAUGCUGAUGUUCCCAUUAAUUUCUGUUAUUGUUGUUGAGCUGUACUAAUCCUUUUCUAUGAAAAAUUGGGUGCAAAGAUCAGUUACCCUGCACCGUGUAGGCGUUUAGUAAUAACAUAGAGGACCAAGUACCAGGCAGAUUUAUAGAACCAGCACUUAUAUUUUAACAAGAUUCCAACCACUGCAUUUCUUACCUUAAUAUCCUGUCCACAAAGGGAUGGCAUUGAACUGCCCAUUGACAUUCUAAAAGCCACCCAGAGCUCUUGAAAGCAGUGGCCUUUUCCAGCAUGCUAAGCACAAGCUCAAAGGUUCGAUGGUUCAUUACCACCAUGGAGAGGUAAGCAGCCUACUGACAAAGGGAAUCUGCCCAAGUGCUGUACUUCAUGAGGCUGGGUGAUGCCACCGGAAGGAGAAGGGCUGAUAGUAAAGAAUUCAUAACCAAGAUGGUCCCUUGAAGGGAUAAUCUCACAGCACAUACAGAAUGCUCUCAGCAUUUAAAUAAUAUUUCACAUGACUCAUGUUAGAACUAACAUUUUGCCUUUCUCAAAAUUUACUCUAGUGAGCCAACUUUCUUGGGGAAGAGAAUAAAUGGGCUAGGAUUAGCUAGAUGUCUAUAGGCAAAUACUUAUUUCAUUUCAGCCAAGCCAGAUUGGUGCAUCCACUGAAGCAGAACGAGAGCAUAAUCAUUCAGGCAGCAUGUGCACAUAGACCUGAGUGCUGAGUGGCUACCUCAUUUAUAUACACGGGUAUGCCCUGGGUUCUCAAGCAUAAUCAUGGGAAGUAUCCAUGAAAGCCUUUUGCAAUGAAGAAAGAUGUUCACAAUGAUGCGUGUGUACAUUUGAUAGUACACAAAUAUGAACACUAGGACUCAGAGAAAAGGGAAAUAAGCUGGAUUCAGAGUGUUGGGGAAGUGAUGCCCUGGAACUACAGCACAUGUGGUUGUAUUUGAUGCCACCACAUUCGCAAGUGCUUCCCUUAAACAGAAAGUAUAGAAAUAAAACAAUGGCCUGGAGCUAAACUAUUCUAAUGCACAUAUAAGAAUAAUGGAGGCAAAAUCUAUAAAAGCUUACAAAAACUAUCUCAGUCUAUGCAUGAGAAAGAGAAUUUUUGUCUUUACUCAAUUUUUUUGUUAACUUUAUGUCAGGUUUCUUGAAAUCUCCUUUGUUUAAAAACAUUACAUGUUAAUGUAAUUAGAUAUCAGCCCUUUUAUUAUACUUUUUAAAUUUUAUUUUACAUUGUGGUAUAUAAUUCACAGGAAAAUAAUGCCGCAAGCAUGUUUACAGCUUUUCUGUUGCACUAUUAAUUUUUCACAGUAUUUGCAUCAAUGCUAAUUUGAAUGUAAUCAAGAUUAGGAAUCUUGCUCACUUACAGUGUAUAUGGUACAAAAUUUAGUGUAAGAUUCAGAAAUCUUGUUUUGCAUACAUCUUGCAUAUCAUUUUUAGCCAGAUGUGGAAGACCUGGCCAUCUGAUCUUUUAUGCCAUGCAGUGCCUUGAAAAGCAAUAAUAAUGCCAACAUCAGAAUUAUGACAUAAUUGAAUAUUAUGAAUCGAAUAUUGACUAGAAGCAGCUCUAAAGUGGUAUCCAGUCUAAAACUUAGCACUUUCCAGAUACAUUUAUUACUGUCAUUACUUUGUACUAAAUGUUGUCAUGUCACUAGGCUAACAAGGAAUUUAGGUCGCAGAAAACUUAUUUGGUGGUAUGUCAAUAAUCUUCUAAUUAAAAUACAGUCAUGCUACAUAUCCAAGGAGUAAAAGGCUUUAGUGUUGUAUAUUUCUGAUACAUUUGGUCUUUUUUGGUGAGACUGCUCAACAUGCUGUGCUCCAUUCGGGAAAACAGAAAAGUCAGAGGAGCUAGUCAAUGUGAUGUAGGAAUCAUGACUCAUUUCAGUAAAAUGCAUACAAUUAAUAUUAAUAUGGCCCCUUGUAGGCAAUAACUCCAUAUAGCAAAGCAAGGAUGCUCUCAUUCACCUUCACAACCAGCUGCCUGUGGGGGGCGGUGGGGGACACACUGUGUUGGUCAGUUCACCCCUUGUUGGAACCCAUACCCAGCACUUACAGCUCAAAGGAAAAAGUGGUUUAGUUUGGCUCAUGGCCUCAGGCUUUACUCCAAGAUCAGUUGGCUCAAACUCAGCAACAUCGUGGCAGAAGGUGUGGGGAGCAAAGCUGCAGCUCCUGGGAAGCACAGCAAGGAAACAGUGUCGGAGAGAAGGCAGGAAGAAGGUCUAGUGCCCAAAGCCAGGCCUCCAUCACCCACUCGACAUGUCUAGAGUGUGCUGCACCUAUCUCUUAAGCAGCAGUCAAGUCAAUCCAGUGAACAGUCCAGUUUAAUGAUCACACACUCCUUGCUUCCCCUUUCCACUGAUGGAGAAAUUAUAAUACGGUGUAGAUUAUCUAGAACUCUUCAAUAACUGAUUAGUGGUGAAAAGCACCAUUAAUCAGCCGGCCAAAUAUUUAGACACAUUUUAACAACUAUUUUGUUCAAUUUUUAUUGGAAAUUUUAAUUUCAAUAGUAAUAGUACUGAAAUGUUAAUUGAGACAUAUUUUUAAAAUGGCAGUUUUACUUCAAGAUGAUAAACAUGAGACUUCAGGGCCAGUCAAAUAGCUCAGCAGAUUAGAGUGCCUGCAAGCAGUGGCAGGGACCAGGGGUUCAAUCCCCAGGCCUGCGGUGCUGGCCCCCUCCUCCGGGUCAUGCUGAAAGAGCAAUUGGGACUGGACGUGGUGACGAGUACCUGUAAUCCCAGCUCUUGGGAGCCUGUAAACAGGCGGAUCACUACGAGUCCUAUCUAGUAGUGAGACCCUGAACACCCUGUAGACCCUUCCCUAAAAUACAAAGGAUAAAUAAAUAAAUAAAAUAAAUAGGGGACUUCUGCUCUAGGAUGGGCUUCCUUGCUCAGAUUGCCAGGAUGUAACAUCCUGUGUAGUGUGGGGGGAGCAGGACACCAAAGCAAAGCAAAGCAAAAGGAAAACAAAGAAAAGAAAAAAUGAAAAGAGAAAGCACAAAGCCUUCACACUGGACUCUCAAUAAAAGAUCAUCUGGGUCUUGGAUCUGUACAUUGUUACAGCCAAAGGGUCAUAAAUUUGACCUCAUGGUGUGACAAAGAUGCUGUCCAUCACAGCUUUCAUUCUCACCCAGUUUCUCUUGUUACAGCUUUUAAAAAUUAGUUUUUAAUGAUAGUAGUUUUUCCUAGCUUUCCAUAAUGCAAUUUUUAAUAAAUGAAAAGUAGUAUUAUUUUAAGUCUUGACUUGAUGUUAUGGGGUAUGCACUCGUAAUCCAAUAUUAGAUUAGUUGACUCUGGAUGUAUGUGGGGUGCAGUUUCCUCCUCAGGGAAGUCUCACAUGUGCAGGUCGCAUGAGUGUUUCACUCCUAGGUGAUCAGCUGCUCGUGUCUCCCCAUCGUGAGCUGCAUUCCAUCUCUCUCAGAGGCGACUCACCAGCCAAGUCUGCACAGCUACAGUUUGCAAUGAAAUGCUAUUUCUAAAACUUAAGUAGAAUUUUAAAGGAUAAAGGAGUUACUUGCCUUUGUGAGGCAUGAUAUUUCUCUGUGACUUUGUUUUUCCUAUUGUAUUAUUUACUGCUUUACAGGACUCUGAGACAAAGUCUUUAUCUCCAGAGUAAGGAAGGCAGUAAGAGAAGUGUAAGAAACACAAGGUAAUCACGGAUCACCUAGAUUUUCAUGUGAAAGGAUUUUUCCCAGAGGAAAAGAACUUUGUAAGGAAAACUUGGUUACUCGAUCUUAUAGUACAGCAAACUGUCAUUAUAUUCUGGCAACCCAGGAGAACCAAUUUUCCUAGUCAUUUAAGAAACAUUGGUGGGUUAGGUCCAACUAUUUUCCCCAAAGAUUUUCCACUAAACACUUCAUGGAAAAAGAAGUGUGAGGCAAAAUCUGAGCUCUAGCCAUUCCCUCCAUCCCAGCCUGCCUGGUUCCCUGGUGAACUACCCUUCCUUCCACUUAACCUAUGAUUCCUUAAUUGUUCCUUUUGAUUUUGCUAUCUAUUCUGCCAAACCAAGUCAUCUGGUCAGUUUAAACAUAACCAAUCUGAAUUAAAAGCUGUAAAUACUUAGAUAUCAAAAAUUACAAGAAUUUUCAUUUUUUUUAGUUGGUAUUCCCAGUGUGUGUUGCAACUGGAGAAAGAAAG